UGAUGGGAAACGAUCGGUUGCGGUCGGCGGUGUGGUUUAUCAUCGUCUUCAACAAAGUUGCUCUUGCCACCAUUUGUCUAGAUCAUGAGUUUCUAGAUGAACAAUGGGGAUGGUGUCAAAGUUGCCGUUCUUGUCUUCCAGGUGUGAAAGUCGUCACUAACUGCACGAAGACCAGCAAUACGGUAUGUCAUCCAGAGAGUGAGUGCACCAACUCACAGCAUGUGUACGACAAAAAGUAUACCAACAGUUACCAGUGUCGGCCAGUCCGGCCAGCUGAUUGCAAGGAUGGCUUGCUCACGUCUCAUUCACCUACCGACUGCAGUACGAAGGGAGACAAUUGCAGAUGUCGGAGAGUUCCUAGCGAUCAUACAAAAGUAGAGUGUUACUGUGGAACGGUAACGCCCACUCUAACAGAAAGUGUGGACCUUUGCCAUGGAAGUCCAGAAGAUUUGAUCGGUUUCAGCGGGACGUUUCAACUUGUCAACUAUGCCUCUAACCGCGACUGCCAGUGGCAAAUUCAUGGCAAUGUUGGUUUUAAGGUGAUGGUCACGUUGGCCAUACAGAAGAAUGAAAAUUGGCGCGACUCUGUUACAAUUCUUGAUGGAGACUCGUCGGGAUCUGUUAUUACCAGACUCACUGGAUAUAGAGAUAUACAGUCCGUCGUAUCUUGCAGUAAAUCUCUCUUUGUUAGACAUAGGAACGUUUACGGAGCGUCCAAGUUGACAUUUACUGCGUCGUUUACGAGUAUUGAUCGCAUAACUUCUCCAGAUUAUCCUAAACCUUAUCCUUUAUCGACAAGAAGACUGUGGAUAGUGUGUGCUUUACCAAUGCAGCCAACGUAUCUUGACUUUACAGACUUCGAUUUGGAGGAAUCAGACUAUGUGACAGUGUCGUCUGAAGGACUUCUUACAAUUUUUCAGGGUCGAUUAGCGCAGCCAUUCAGAAUAGUUGUUACAUCCAUGACGACGAUAAUUUUUAACUCUGGCAGCUUGAGAAAAGGAAAGAGUCUUCGGCGAUUUUCCGUCCAUUUUGGCAUAUCACCGUCCCACAUUCAAGUUUGUGAAAGUCUUUUUAUUGCGAAUGGUCAACUGAAUUCUACUAAUACAAGAGUAGGUACAAUCGUGUCAGUGAAUUGCGACUCAGGCUACACACUCGUCGGUUCUAAUCGGAGAGAAUGUUUAUCUUCUAGAACUUGGAGUGGAGACGCCGUGUGUUUACAACUAAAGUGCUCUCCAUCAUUGUCGGUUCGUAAUGGAAAAUUUAUUUCCAAGAGUAAUGGCACUGGAAUUAUAGUAAAGCUGGUCUGUGACACAGGCUACUAUGCUCACAGUACUUUGCAAGCCGUCUGCUCUGUUGGUGGGCGGCGGAUUUACGUUCGACGUCAAGCGAAUUGUUUGGCUGUUCGCUGCUUUUUCCCAACUCUACCAAAUGGAAAAUUUACAGCAAAUGAUAUCGUCUUUGGCAGUACAGUCAGAUUUUCUUGCAACAUUGGUUACACGUUGGUAGGAGAAGAUAUUGCCGCUUGCACUGCAAAUAGAACUUGGAGUCCAUCUAUUCCGACUUGCAUCAAACAAGUUGUUUCUGCAACUUUCAAGGAUUCCAGUCGUUUACUUUCAUCAUUUCAGGAUAAUUUCUUUAACCGUUUAAUCACAUUCACAGCUGCCGCUCAACCUAUCUCCCAGAUCAAAACAAAGUAUACUGAGGACAGCGAUGGAGGAAUGAACGUUGCAUUAGAUCUUAUUUUUGUGAUGGACACGUCAGCAAGCAUUACUCGACGACAAUUUGACAAAACCUUAAAACCGUUUCCAAAUAUGGUAGCUCGACAUUUUCCCGUUUCGCCAUUGCAUACGAAUGUAGGCGCUAUUGCAUUUGGCUAUAAAAUACACGUCAUUUCAAUUCUGACAGACAAUUCUAGCGAUUUCAAUCGCUCAGUGAGAAACUUUAGGUAUAAGAACUCUGGAGGUACUAAUACUGGUCAGGCACUUUUACGUGCAAUAGAAAUGUUCAAGACGUCUGGGAGAUCAUUGACAUACACAAAGCGAGUUGUGAUUUUGCUGACCGACGGGUAUAGGAACAUGGGUCCGAGCAUUGCGGCUACAGUCGAACAUUUGAAAAAGAACGCAAUAGAAGUAUUCGCUUUUGGAAUAGGAUCUGAUGUUAACGAAGAGGAGCUACACGCACUUGCCUCUUCACCAAGUGACAGACACGUUUUUCUGGUCAAAUCGUUCCGCUUGUUUCGCAACUUCACUUUAAGCAUCGUUCCACAGCCAAUAAGGGGACAGUGUGGUAUCUCUGGGUUACCUGGGUUUCAUUCUCGAAUAUACGAAGGAGAUAAAUCGGCAUAUGGUGCGUGGCCAUGGAUGGUGGCCAUUUAUAUGAAUUCUUCUUCAAUCUGGAAAUUUUCUUGUGGAGGUGCUCUUAUUAACAACCGAUGGAUCGUAACUGCCGCUCAUUGUAUUUACGACGAACGAGGAACUUUUCAAGAAAUAGUUAGAGUUCAACUCGGCAAAAAGUAUUUGUAUCUAAGAAAUCCACGCGAACAGACUUACAAGGCAAACGUCAGCACAGCAAUAAUGAAAGGAUACGAUCCAUUUACUUUGGACAAUGAUUUUGCUUUGCUGCGUCUAGACAAAAAUGUUACCUUCAACAGGUUUGUUCGACCAAUCUGUUUGUAUCAGGAUCCAAUUUACUACCAAAACUCAUCAAAUGUCUACAUUGGUCGGAGAGUUAUUAUUAUUGGAUGGGGAAGGUACACUUCAUCUCACCUUGCGUUAUCUCAAGUUUUGAGAGAGACUACAGUUACUAUACAAAAUAGGUCACAGUGCGAUCAAAUCUAUUCUCACGGAAAUCUUACAGACAGCAUGUUGUGUGCUCGAGGCAAUCAAGCGGAUGCUUGUCACGGAGAUAGCGGAGGCCCCAUGAUGUGUCAGGAUAUCAAUACCAACCGGUUUUUUCUUUGCGGAAUUGUCAGCUUUGGAUUUUCCAAGGCUUGCGUGGCAGGAUACGGUGUAUACACAAAAAUUUCUAAGUUUGUGCUUAGCGUCCUAAUUCCCGCUGUAGGUAAUGGUUAGAAGUAGCUUGAAUGACAACACACGUGGUGUUAUGAACAUGUAUGUCUCAGCUAGAAAUUACCAGUGUAAGCGCAAUACUGUGCAUUACUUGGGACAAAUUGCAUUAGCUGAAGUAAGCCACUGUUUGUAUUAAGUGAUGCUGUUAUGUAAGUGAAAACUAAAGUGAUGUUCUCAACUCUGUAACGCGUUAUGCGAAACGGUUCUUGAUAUUACAAUACGCGCAACUUGA